CGAAUUCACUCUCUCUAAACUCCCUUGUAAAAGUGACCGUGCAUUCCUUGUUUUAAUAUAAUUCGGGCUACAGGUGUUCCACCUAAAGUCCUACCGGUCGUUCCGAAUGUUUUUACUUUCUUUACUUUACGAAAUCAAGCCAACUAUUCUAGACCCGGUCUAGUAUAGUUUGACCGGUCAAGUAAUUUACACCAUCAUUUUUGGCGCCACCCGUGGGACCGUUAAGGUUUCCUCUCUUCUAAAUACAAACCUACCCACAAAAACACCACUCAAAAUGUCUUCCAGCCAGCAAAUCAACGCUACCUCUGCUCAGGUGCAAGCCACCGCUGAAGGUACCAGCAUCCCCAUGGCUGUUACCCUGCCGACCGUUUCUGCUCCGGUUUUGCCAUUGGGGCUAAGCUCGGUUCCAACACCCAGCAUGGUCAGCCCAUUCACGGCUCCCGUCCCUUCCGCUGGACCGAGGGUCACUUUCCCACCAAGCAUGACCCAGUUCAUGAAUGACCCAGCCAACCUGCAGGCCAUCCAGGGCUUUGGCCAGGUCAUGGCUAUGUGCCAACAGAAUGGGGGGAUGCCUUUCCUCCCUGGUAUGUUCCCGUUCGCUCUUCCAGGCACGGGAACCAUGCCCCUACAAGCUCUAAUGGCGGUGUCUCCCUUCCAAACGCCAGUGCCGCAACCAUCACCUUUCCAGCCGCAGCUAGUCAGCGCUGUGGCCCCCAUCAACUUGACUGGUGCGCUUAACGCCGCGGGGCCAUCGCGUCCCCCGCAAGGUACGAAUCCGUUAAUCACUCCGGAUGGACACUGCCUCUCGGUUGAAAGCGGAGACGACGAGUGGGACAUUCCGAGGGCCCACAAGAAGAAGAAGGGAAAAACCAUCCGACCCGCCACCUCCCGAAACUCCGCCUUCGAAAGGCUGGGGGAUAGGGAGGAGGGCCAGAGAAAAUCAGCCAAGCUAAGGCUGGGGCAAAGCGUUGCCCAUGUCAGCGCUUUCGCCCGGUUAGGCGAGAUGAGGGAGGCCGAGCCUGCCCGCACCCAACGCUCCCGGUCAAACCGUGACUUGGCCUCAAAAUUUAAGGCCAAGUUACAGGAAAACUGUACUAAGAGGAAGAAAUUCACCUAUCUUAGUACAGCCGGGCAGAGGGAAUCUGAGAACCUCACUCAGUUCCUUACCCGGUGGAAGGAGGAGGUAGACAAGGUUGAGGAGAUGGACGACAAGACGGUGUUGUCCCUCCUCCUGAACGGCUUGCGUGCUGGGGAACUUUACAAGGAGUUCUGCCGGAAACCCCCGGCCACGCGUAAGUAUCCCAGGAGGGAGCCAAUAGUCUUCACUGACCGGGACCUCCCUCCUACCGGUGAAGAUCACAAUGAUCCAUUGGUCAUCACCAUGGACAUCAACGGGGUGGACGUCGCCCGGGUACUUGUUGACACCGGCAGCAGUGUCAACAUCCUAUACCUGGAGACUUUCCAAAAACACAGGUUGUGUCGGACACAACUUGAACCCCUCAAAACUCCUCUCUCAGGUUUCACGGGAGACAUAGUGGAAGCUGAGGGGUCCAUAGUUCUACCGGUCGAACUAGGAUCGGGCGAAAAGACCGUGUGGAAGAAGAUGCGGUUCAUCGUUGUGGACAUCAAAUGCGUCCACCACGCCAUCCUUGGAAGGCCUGGCAUUAACAAGGUCGGGGCGGUGAUUUCCAUGCCUCACCUGUGCAUGAGGUUCCACACUCCAGGUGGUGUGGGUGAGGUGAAGGGCGACCAGAGGAACGCCCGGGAGUGCUAUGCCCGGGCAGUUUAGAAGAUGACCAAGGGAGUCAACGUCAUCUCCCAAGAAAUCACCAAGGGAGAAACCCGGGAGAAACUGGAGCCUGAAGCUGAGACGGUGGAGAUUGAGCUUCACCCGGGUGAUUCAUCAAGAAUGGUCAGAAUUGGAGCAAACCUCCCAGAAGAUCUCAAGGCAGAGAUUACACGGGUGCUCCAAGAAUACGCGGGCGUAUUUGCAUGGAGCGUGGCGGAUAUGCCCGGGAUAGACCGCUCGAUCAUCUGCCACCGGCUGGCGGUGAGGGAUGGAAGUCGACCGGUACGCCAGAAGAAAAGAUACCUGGCCAG